AUGGGGUGGGAUGGGUUUGGCUGUGAGCCCUGGGGCUGCCGCCAGCCCCCCCCAAGCUGCUCAGUGAGGGCUGCAGCCGCUCCCCGCAGGCAGCAGGCGCUGGAGCAGAACCUGCUGUUCUCGGGGCGGCUGUCGGACGCGCUGCAGGCGCUGCUGGACUGGCUGUACCGCAUGGAGCCGCAGCUCUGCGACGAGGCGCCCGUGGGGGGGGACAGGGAGCUGGUCAGCAACCUGAUGGACAAACACAAGGUGUUCCAGAAGGAGCUGGGGAAGCGCGCCAGCUGCAUGAAGAUGCUGAAGCGCUCCGUGCGCGAGCUGACGCGCAGCUGCAGCGGUGUGGAUGCGCAGUGGCUGCAGCAGCAGAUGGAGGAGCUGAGCGCGCGCUGGGAUGCGGUGUGCAGGAUGUCGGUGUGCAAGCAGGGCAGGCUGGAGGCGGCGCUGCGGCAGGCGGAGGAGUUCCACACUUUGGUGCAUUCCUUCCUGGGGCGCCUCUCAGAGUCGGAGAAAAGCCUCAAAUACGGCGUCUGCCCCGAGGAGGAGCGCGAUGUGCAGGAGGGCCAGCAGCAGCUGCAGGAGCUGCUGCAGUUGCUGCAGUGCCAGCAGUUGGAGCUGGAAUGCAUCACCUCUCUGGGGGAGGAGAUCCUGACCGCGUGCCACCCCGACUCCGUCAUCACCAUCAAAUCCUGGCUCACCGUGGCCAAAAGCCGCUUCCAGGAGGUGCAGAGCUGUUUGCAGCAGCAGGAGCAGCGGCUGCAGGCGCAGCGGAGCCGGCUGGAGGCAGAGCGGGAGGAGCUGCAGCGGCUGCAGCUGUGGGUGGCGGCGGCCGAGGAGGCGCUGAGCGAGCGGGACGGCGAGCCGCUGCCAGAGUGCAGCCAGCUGCUGCGGGAGCUCAGCAGGCAGCAUGCGGAGUUCAUGGAGGAGCUGAACCGCAAGCAGGACGACAUGGACAAGGCGACCAAAGGCUGCAGGGAGAAACUGAGCGCGGAGCUGAGCGCAGGCAGCGCGCGCAGGGGGGCUGCACGACGCCGCAGCAGCCCCAAAGGCGCCCUGCAGCCCGCAGUGCCGCUGGUUGCAGCAGAGCCGCCUCCUCCCGUGGUGUCGCAGCUCCUGCAGCGCUGGCAGCAGCUGUGGCUGUCGGCGUUGCAGCGGCAGUACCGGCUGGAGACGGCGAUGCAGCGCCUGCAGGAGCUGGAGGAGUUCUCCCACUUUGACUUCGGGCAGUGGAGGCAGCGCUUCCUGCAGUGGAUCGCGCAGAUGAAAUCCCGCGCCCUCGACGUCUUCCGCAGCAUCGACCGCGAUCAGGACGGGCGCAUCAGCCUCAGGGAGUUCAUGGACAGCCUGCUCAGCUCCAGGUUCCCCACCAACACGCUGGAGAUGACGGCGGUUGCGAACAUCUUCGACACCAACGGCGACGGCUUCAUCGAUUACUGCGAGUUCGUCAGCGCGCUGCACCCCAACCGCGACCCACAGCGCCGCGGCGCCGACGCUGAUCGCAUCCAGGCUGAGGUGAACAGGCAGGUGGCCCAAUGCAACUGUGCCAAGCGCUUCCAGGUGGAGCAGAUCAGCGCCAACCGAUACCGCUUCGGGGAAUCGCAGCAGCUGCGGAUGGUUCGCAUCCUGCGCAGCACCCUGAUGGUGCGCGUCGGGGGCGGUUGGAUCGCGCUGGAUGAAUUCCUGGUGAAGAACGAUCCGUGCCGAGUGAAGGGCCGGACCAACGUGAAGAUCAACGAGAAGUAUCUGAGCCCCGACGCCUUCGGGGCCGCCGCCAAAUGCUCGGGGAUCCAAUCGGCCCCCUCCUCCAAAGCGCUUUCCCCCAGCCGCUCCAAUUCCAGCCUCAGCCUCUACAGCAGCGCCUCGGCCCCCAGCAGCCCCCUGGCCAGGAAGUCGGUGCAACGAAGGACGCGUUCCGGUGACCGCUGCCCGCGCUCCCGCGGAUCGCUGCCGCCCGACGGCGCGGAGCUGCGCUUCUCCGCGGCCGAGGAGAGCCCCGACGCGGCCCCCCCGGAGCCGCCCGACGGGUCGCCCCCGGAGCGCCGCAGCCCGUGCCGCUGACCCCCGCCGCCCGCCUUCGGCCGCCCCCACUCAGGACCGUAACCCCGGCAGCCGCCCGUCCCGGAGCCGGAGAACGGUGACGCCGCGGGACCCUCCGGCGCCGCGCCGGUGCGACCCCCAAAGCGGGGGAGCCCCUCGGUGAGGGCCGCGCUGUUCGUCCGGAUCCGCCCGCGCGUGUGCGACCCCACGACCCCCCCUCCGCGGCAGCGGAGCUCCCCCGGAUCCCGGUGCCCCCAUCCCGGUGCCGCCGCAGCGCCGCGCUCCGCUGGGACCCCCAGGACACGUUGGGCUUCGGCCGAGGGCGGUUCCGUCCAUCCGCUGCCGGUGGGCGCUGGGUCCCCUCUCGGGCUCGGAGCCCCGGUUCUGGUGCUAUCCCCGACCCCUCGGCACUCAGCUGCCCACCCCCCCGGCCUGGGGGUCCCCGCAUGUUCACCGCUCCCCGCUAACCGGACAGCAGUAGAGCUGAAUGUAACCCCGGCGGGGCGCAGCCCCACAGUCACAAUAAAGAGUAGAGGUCUUUUUCUAUACG